UGUAAAAGCUAUUUCCCUUCACAAAGGCUAUAAAGAAGCGUUUGACCUUGUAACAAAUAUCGUCCGCCAUGAAUGACCACCCUUUUCUUCUUUCUUCCUCUCCACUUUUAUAACGCAAAAACUACAUAAAACCCCCUCAUUACCUCCGCUCAUCAAAACGCCAUAAACCCAAGAAAUCUCUGGCAUUUUCUCUUUGAUUUGAUUUAUUUUUCCAUUUUUUGAUCUCAUAAAGUUUACCCUUUUUUUCGUUUGAUUUGAUGGCAGAUAUAGUGAAGCAAAUCUUGGCAAAGCCAAUUCAGUUAGCGGACCAAGUGACAAAAGCGGCGGACGAAGCGAGUUCGUUCAAGCAAGAGUCUGCGGAGCUUAAGUCCAAGACAGAGAAACUCGUUGGCUUGCUCCGGCAGGCGGCGCGUGCGAGUUCCGAUCUUUACGAACGUCCCACGCGCCGCAUCAUCGAUGAUACCGAAAAAGUCCUCGAUAAGGCCUUGUCUUUGGUCCUCAAAUGCCGCGCCAAUGGCCUUAUGAAGCGCGUGUUUACAAUCAUCCCCGCCACCGCGUUCCGUAAAAUGUCUUCUCAGCUCGAGAACUCAAUCGGCGACGUCUCCUGGCUUCUGCGCGUAUCGGCUUCCGGUGACGAUCGCGACAAUGAGUACUUAGGCCUUCCUCCGAUCGCUGCAAACGAGCCCAUUUUAUGUCUAAUAUGGGAACAAAUCGCGAUCCUUUACACCGGCUCACUUGGCAACCGCUCCGACGCGGCGGCUUCUCUCGUUUCCCUGGCCAGAGACAACGAUCGUUACGGGAAACUGAUUAUAGAAGAAGGAGGGGUUGGACCGUUAUUGAAAUUACUCAAGGAAGGGAAAAUUGAAGGUCAAGAAAACGCCGCCAAAGCAAUUGGGCUUCUGGGUAAGGACCCGGAAAGCGUGGAGCACAUGAUCCACGCCGGCGUUUGCACGGUGUUUACGAAAAUCCUCAAAGAAGGUCCUAUGAAAGUUCAAGCCGUGACGGCGUGGGCGGUGUCUGAACUGGCAGCUAAUUACCCAAAAUGUCAAGAUUUAUUCGCUCAGCAUAAUAUAAUCCGAUUACUCGUUAGCCAUUUGGCGUUUGAAACGAUUCAAGAACAUAGUAAUUAUGCUAUUGCUAGCAACAAGGCCACCUUGAUCCACGGGGUGGUAAUGGCGAAUAGUAAUAAAGCCACUGUGAAAGUAGCUGUUGAAGAAGAUCAUCAGAGUCCGAUUCUGCAUCCGAUGGGGAACCAAACCCCGAAUCAGAUGCACAAUGUGGUUACGAAUACAAUGGCAAUGAAGGGAGGGGCGAAAUCGCCGCAAAAGCCGAGUAAUAAUCAUGUUAGGAGUAACAGUCAGGGCAAUGUGAAGCAAUUUCAUCAUGUUUAUUAUCAACCACAGCAAUCCGGCGCGACUUUGAAGGGAAGGGAACUUGAAGAUCCUGCUACCAAGUUUUAUAUGAAGGCAAUGGCAGCUAGAGCUUUGUGGCAUCUUGCCAAGGAGAAUUCGUCUAUAUGUCGGAGUAUCACCGAGUCUAGAGCAUUGCUAUGUUUUGCAGUUUUGUUAGAAAAAGGUACCGAUGAUGUGCAGUUUAAUUCGGCUAUGGCAUUAAUGGAAAUUACUGCUGUGGCAGCACGGGAUACCGAGUUGAGAAGGUCUGCAUUUAAACCGAAUUCUCAUGCUUGUAAGCUUGUAGUUGAUCAGCUGUUGAAGAUUAUCGAGAAGGCUGAUUCGGAGCUGCUGAUUCCUUGUAUCAAGGCUAUUGGUAAUUUGGCCAGGACGUUUAGAUCAACCGAAACAAGGAUGAUUGCCCCAUUGGUUAAACUUCUUGAUGAUAGGGAAGCUGAGGUUUCCAAGGAGGCUGCUAUUGCACUUACCAAGUUUGCUUGCACCGAUAACUACCUACACCUUGAUCACUCCAAGGCAAUCAUUAGUGCAGGAGGUGCAAAGCAUUUGAUUCAGCUUGUGUAUUUCGGAGAACAAACCGUUCAACUCUCAGCAUUGGUUCUCCUAUGCUACAUUGCCCUCCACAUACCGGAUAGCGAAGAACUCGCCCAAGCCGAGGCACUUACGGUGCUUGAAUGGGCAUCGAAGCAAUCCUACAUGACCCAGGAUGAAACUAUAGACGCUCUUUUACAAGAGGCCAAAAGUAGACUGGAGCUGUAUCAGUCAAGAAGUUCAAGGGGAUUUCAUUGAUUCAAUCGCAAUUCCAUUGUAAUUCCUUGUUCGAAACAAUGUCCUGUCAUUUUCUAAAGGAGUGUACAUACAGUUAUCGGUCUUCCAUCGGUGAUCACAAGUAUUUUCAGUCAUUUGCAGAGCUGCAUUGCCGGUAUAAGGCUGGCCAGGAAGGAGUUCAUGAUAUAUUUGUUAUGGGGUUCAUAUUGUAGCCCACAUAAAUAUUUUU